AUGUUCGGUGGAGUACCUCCCGGUGCCGCCGAUGGCUUCAUGUACGGCAGGCAAAACCCGACCAUGAUGCACGGCUCCAGUUAUGGCACCUCCACAAUGGGGCCCUAUGCUGGCCCGAUGGGCAGCAUGUACGGCAUGGGCAGCCUGAUGGGGUCCAUGGGUGGUGGCAGCUACGGAAUGAGCGGCUACGGCGCAAGCGGCUUCGGUGGUAGUCUCUACGGCGGCUCUCUGUUCGGCAACACCGGUAGUCUCUACAGCACGGGAGGCUCCCUCUAUGGCAACAACGAUCCAAAUGCAGUGAUAGGCAGUAUGCGCGGCAGUUUUAUGGGCUCCAUGUUCGGCGGUUUCGGCUCCAUCUACCAAGUCGACGGUCCCCACACGAGUCUUGGUGUGGUGCGCAAGCAGUCUAUUCCAGGCUUCUCCUACACGUUCGGGUCGAACCUGGGCACUACCGCGUACCGCCCCAGCUUUCACGUCGAUUCGGCAGCGUCGCGUAGCGGCAGCAUACGGGAUAACACUUUUCGCACCUCCACCUUGAUGAAUGCCAGCGAGCACGAGGCGGAGCCGAAGGCGAAGGCCGAGGAGACGGCCCGGCAGCACGGCUCGACCGGCGUUGACAAGGACGGGAAAACCAUUGCGGAGGAGCCCGAGUCGAUCAUGAAGAAGCGCACACCGCCAACAGAAGCGCCAAAGUCGCCGCCGACGGCGUGCCAGCAGGGCAGCGGCGACACAGCCGAUCAGGCGGCGGUGCUCUCUAGCGAUUUUCGUAUCCACAACGUGGCGGUGCUGGAGCAGGCGGGCGCCGGAAGUGCAACCGUGACGAAGAAAGGCGAAACAUGCGUGAUGAAGGGCAAGUCGUUCGCGAUGGAUGAGGUGGUGGAGUACAAGCCAGCGAACAAGAGGGCCGCCGUCGAGUCGCGUCAUCUGAACGACCUCAUCGAACACGUGCUCGCAGGCCACAACAGUGCGAUCCUCGUCGCCGACGACGGCAAGGCAGUAGGCGCCGCCAAGGCGGCUGUGGAGACGACCAUGACAAAGCUGAUAGAGGAACUCAGGAAGCCGGCACGCAACAGCUACGCGGGUCUGUCGAUGACCAUGUGCAGCUUGCCAAGCAACACAACGGUACGCGAUCUCCUCGUUCACGAUGCGAAGACGAUGCCGUUGAAGACAGGCAACUCGCCGCUUUUCGGGCCCGCUGUCGUGGGCCUCAAGUCAGAGCCCAUCGAGAGUGGUGCCCGCUUCGUGGAGCUGUACGACACCGCACUGAAGCGCGGCGAUCAGAAGUCGAUAAUGGUGUGCAUGGUGGUCGUGUUGCAGAUGCGGCCAGCCUCGGGCGAAGGCAAGGGAGAGGUGUUCCUGUCCUCUGUCUUCAUCGGCGUCAGCCGUACCGGCCCAAAGGCGUUCCACGACAUCAUCGACAAGCUUCCUGCCUCUGCGCACGAGAUCUUUCGCUACGCAAUUGACGGCCCUACAGCGUGCGUGCACGUCGUGUCGGUAAGCCACGACACGGCAGACGCGACGGUGCUGGAAGAGGCGGCGAAGGUCGGCGCGGUCCAGAACAGCCCAGCACGUAGCGGCAACGUGCACCGCUUCAUCGACUUCACGGAAAGCCAACUGAAGAGCAUGCUGAAGCGCCGCGAUGCGAGCACCGGCUCCGAGAAGGCGGAGUUUGACAACCAUGUGAAGCGGCUGAACGUAGUGCUGCAGGAUGCGAAGAGUCUUCUGUCCAACCCUCAAAAAACGGUACCGCACGUCUACCAAACUGAGGCAGGGGCGAACACUGCGGCAACUCUGGCAGAGCCGAAGACCCGUGCCUCGCCAGAAGCUGCGGCUGAGGGCGAGGCGAAGGACAAGCCGACUGCGGCUGCCGACUACAGGCCGCUCAGCACCAACAUCGCGGCUCUUGUAAUCGCGGAUGUGGCUGAGGCACGCGCGUACUCAGUAAAGGACACUACCGUGACGGUCAGCGGUCGGCCUUUUUCGGUGGAUGAGGUGGUGAUGCGCGAGGCGGUGAAGUCGAAGGCCAUGGAGACCAAGACGACGGGCCGGGUUCUGACCGCCUUUCUCAAAGGGUACAACGGUGCCGUCAUCGUGGCGGAUAGCACGGCGGUGGCUGCUAACGGAAUGGAAUCGCCGACAAUGAGCAUCCUCUUCUCGGCCGUCGCUGGUGCCCUCGAGAACACAGGCUGCAGGGGGGUGCGCGUGUCCAUCGCGCUCUUACGGGGGUCUGGUUCGGCGUGCGACUUGAGCGGCACCGCCGCGGAACUGAAACCGAUCGAGAUAUUAUCGUCUCCGCUGUUUGGUCCGAUCCUGCAAAACGCCGCACUGCACCGCAUUCGCGCGCAGGAGGAUCUGCAGAAGAUAGUAGACAAGGCGCGGGAGCAGGUGAGGCCGCUGUGGAAUGCGGAUAGUGCGGUGCACAUCACACUGCUGCAUUGCUUCGUGGAGGGUGACGAUGUGUACGUGUCGUCGCUGCUUUUCUCUUUCUCAUCGUCCGCAUGCAAACUGUACGAUCAGGUGCUGCGGCAGCAGAGGCACAGCAUGCACGACUUGUUUCGCUACGCCUUUGGCGGUGCCGCCACGACGGCGUUCGUCGUCUCAGUGGCCAAGGAGGACCAGGUAGCUGACGUUGUGGCGUCCCUCGGCACACAGCACUCGGCGAGUGUCUUGCGCAACCGCUCGCCGCGGCAGGGCAGCGUCAGGAACUUUAUCGCAUACACAAAGGCCUCGCUCGACAAGCGCCGUGGGCGGCUGGCGACUCUUUCGGACGACUCGACGGAGAAGGCGGCCAUGACCAAGGCCAUGGCUCCGAUGGAGCGCAUGCUGAGCGACCACGAGAAGGUAAUGGCGGACCCUGCGAGCAACUUCCCACAAGCCUACCCCGCAGAGAACGGCAGCGACAAAGAGGCCAACAGCGAGGCACCGGCUGCGGCCGGCGCGGCGAGGCAGGAAUUCGAUCGGUGUCUGACUGACAACGGGAACCGGGAUUUGCCGAGUGGCGAGCAGCCGCGGCAGUCGCCUCAGAAGCCGGCCGCCGGCAGCACUCCUAGCGCACGCCCAGAGGAGCCGAUCGCCGGCUUCGCGGAGCUGCGUGUAGUGGCCUUCGUGGGGCGCGACGUGGCGGAGGGUGCGAAGCAGCUUUCGCUUGGCAGCAAAGACUACACGGUUGAUGAGAUCGUGAAACGCAUGAGGAGCUCCAGCGGCACCACGACGGGGCCGUCGGUCAAGAUGGCUGAUAUCGAGUCGCGCUUUGCUGGGGUGCACAAUUGCUCUCUCAUCUCCGCCAGCUCGGUGACGGAUGCCAUCUCGGCCGAAGAGCCGGUGUGGAUGUACUUCCAAAAGUGCCUCAACAGCGCCUUCGCCGGUGGCAAGCCUGGCGAAGAGAUGUGCGUCGACCUCUCCUUCGCGGUCGUGUCGGCGGACGAGCUUUUGGCAGACCUGCUGUCGGAUGAAACGACGGCGGAGACUAAGCCGCUCGAAAUUGUGUCGUCGCCUAUCUACGGCCCACGCAUCCACAAUACCCGCUCGGUUGCGGUGCGCAGCGCGGACGAGGUGGCAAAGAUGAUGGAAAAGAUUCACCUUCGCGCGGAGAGCCACCUCGGCGCGAUCCGCACCGGCGACGUGAUGGUGGUCGGCACGGCGCUGCUGCGCCGCCGGACGAGCGAGGGUGAUGUACUCGUGGCGUCGCUGAUGGGUACGCUGACAGGGCCUUCGGUGAAGGCGUACAAGGAGGCAGCGGAGAAGGCGCCAGUGGCGCGGCGCACGCUGCUGAGUGGCGCCUAUGGCGGUCCCAGCGCUACCGUCACAUUGCUGAAUAUCGGCGCUGAGGAUGAGUCGGCGCAGGGCAUGUUGUCCACUGCCAUGGCGCUUAGCAAAAACCAGCGCAACCUCGUCAGCCGCUCCGGUGGUGUCGAGGCAUUUGUGCGAUUUAUCGAGGGCACAAUGAAGCGCGAACAGGCGCGCGCCGCGGCUGCGUCGGGGGAAGCGAAGGAGCUCCACCUGCAAAAGAUGAAUCGCCUGCAGCCCGUCAUCGAGGACCACAAGAAGCUGCUGCACGACUUCACGGCUCCCAUCCCCGCUUACCCGAUCACAAGAUCAAGCAGCAGAGACACCCCAAAGGCGGAGAGGAAGGGUGCCACCGUCCCUGGCACGUCGUCUGCCAGCGCCGCCAUCUCCAGUGGGCCGAGGAAGGCGCCGCAGUCUACCAAGGUUCCGACGCCGGGCAGCACCACCAAGAAGGAGCUGGCGGAGCCCAACCGCAUCCAGACUGUCGUGGUUGUCACGCCGAAUCGAAAGACACUAUCCUCGACGGCCGUGGUACCGGUGACACGGGCGGACGAGACGCACAUUACGAUACGGAUCGCUGGCGAGCAGCGCACCGUCGAGUGCGAUGAGGCGGUGAGUCGCCUCGACCACUUCUCCGCCGUGCGCUCCGACAAGCUGAGCGCCGUGGCCCAGCAUUUCGUCUCCGGCUUUAACACCGCCAUCCUCUGCUGCGACGUAGGAGGGUCCAGCGCUGGGCCCACCGCGUGCGCCAAGACCGUGCACCACGCUAUCCAGGCGAAGCCGGAGAACUCCGAGCUCUACAUGUCCAUCACCGCCGUCAAGGAUGACGGCAACGCCAAGGACCUGCUGGCGCCGAGCGGCAGCAGCGGCUACACCCCUUUGAAGGUGAGCAACUCCCUCAUCUUCGGUCCGUGGGUUCACGGAGCGACCAUGGCGCGCCUUGUUAGUGUAGCCCAGUUUGACGGCGCCUUCAGCGCCGCGUACGUGGAGGCUACAAAGGACGGGGCAGCGUGUGUUGUGAGUCUCGUUCUAAAGGCAAUGGAGAAGAAGGACGUCAUUGUGAACAGUCUGCUGGUGUCUCUGAGCACGCAACUCAACGCGCACGCGGCGGCGGUGAGCGCGCCGCUCAAGGCGGAUCGCAAGCUUUAUCAGUACGCCGUGCAUGGCAGCUGCCUCUGUGUCGGCCUCCUCGGCCUACCUGACAAGGUGGACAAGGAGGGGAUCGCAGAAUGUCUUGAAGUGUAUGCGAAGAUGCGAACUAUCGAGAACCGCCCCUUGCGCAGUGGCAGUGUGCGGCGUUUUCUCGCCUACUCUAUCAAGGCCGCGGCAGAUGUGAAGUCCCGCGCCGAGCGCGUCACGGACGAGCUGGAGCGCGCUAUGUACAAGCAGCGGCUCGCUUCGCUGGAGAAGAUGGUCGGCGACGCGCGUGCGCUAAUCGAGUCGCCAGAGGGUCGAAUCCCAACCACGUACAUGUGA